UAGAAAGUUCGCAGGAUAUCGAAACGUGGGAUGUGCAGGAUUUUUUUCUCGCCUGGUUCGAAGGAGGCAAGCCGCGAACCCUGCUUCCCCUGAGCGCUCUGGGGUUUUUUGUUUUGUUCUUUAAAGAUAUCGCAACUUUUCUCUCUCUUUGAAUGAAUUAGAAGAAAGAAGGACCCACCCUUUGGUAGUCGAAGGUCCGUGCCAUUAUGGACGAGGGUGACAGCGUACAGUUUCGCCGGCGGCUUCUGAUGGUUGCGGAAGGCUUGGGAAGGGAAGACGUGGAGGGCCUCAAAUUUCUCUGCAAGGACUUGAUCCCCUUUGGCAAGCUGGAAGCGAUGACAUCAGCACGUGACGUCUUCCAGUUCCUCAUAAGUAGCGACAUAGUAAAUCCGGAGGAUACUUUUGUCAUAGCGGAGCUCCUCUAUCGGAUUAAGCAUAAUUAUCUGCUGCAGAAGAUUAACUAUACCAAAGAGAUGGUCCAAGGGAAUCUACGUCUGAAAGGGCAGGUGUCCGAAUUCCGACAGAUGCUGUACGAACUGUCGGAAGAGUUCACGGAGGACGAUCUCGGAACUGCUGUAUUCCUUCUGAGAGAGCAUCUUCCAAAGAGGCAGCCCAAGAUGUCUGGUGUUGAACUACUGACUGCCUUAGAGAGGAAUGACCUCCUGUCCGAGAACAACCUACAAUUGUUGGAAGAGCUGUGCGGCAAAAUAUCACCCAACCUACUGACGAGAAUUGAUACCUACAAACUGAAAAGAGUUUCUCUGUCAGUUCAAGAAAGCAAAGAAAACGCACCCUCUUCAGUUCGGGAAUCACCUUUAGGAGGCGCCUGCCUGUCUGCUGCUAUCCAGGAAAGAUCUAUCAAAUACCCACCUGAUAGUCUUGAUUCUUACAGCAGCCUGAGGGAGCACACCGGCCACGUUCAUUCUUUCGGAUCGAAUCCAGGUGUCAAAGCAGAGAAUUCGGUUGGCCACUCAGAACAGAGCUUUCCGUUGCGCGAACAGGAUGAUGAAUCAAAAAUUGCAUCUAAGAGGUAUAAAAUGGAUGGGCCGUGUAGAGGACAUUGCCUCAUUUUUAAUAACGUCAACUUCGAGGGACAUCUUGGACGGCGGAUGGGAUCUCAGAAAGACGCCGAGGAACUGGAACAUGUGUUUAAAUGGCUCGGGUUAGAAGUGGUGAUGUACGAUGACCAGACCUCGAUUGAAAUCCACGAACACCUGCAGAAGUGGCAGUCUUCUGAGAACUGGAAAGACAGCGACUGCCUGGUCUGCUGCAUUCUGUCCCACGGCAAAUCGGGAGAAAUCUACGGCACGGAUGCCCAGCUGAUCCCCAUCCGCACCAUCAUGUCCUACUUCACAGCCCACCAGUGCCCACUGCUGGCCAGGAAGCCCAAACUUUUCUUCAUCCAGGCGUGCCAAGGCGAAAAGACACAGAAGGCCGUCUACCUUGAAGUGGACACGGACGAUCACCUGGGAGCAGAUGCGCAGAGUGCAGGAUCGUCCUCUCCGCAGCCAAGCAUUCCGGAAGAAGCGGAUUUCCUCCUUGGCAUGGCCACGGUGGAUGGUUAUCUCUCGUUCCGGCACACGCGGGAAGGCACGUGGUACAUCCAGGCACUCUGUACCAAGCUGCAGCAGCUGGUGCCGCGGGGGGAAGACAUCUUGUCCAUUCUUACAGAAGUCAACAAAGACGUAAGCUACCGUGCAGACCCCAAAGGGCUGAAGAAACAGAUGCCCCAGCCGGCGUUCACCCUGAGGAAAAAACUGAUAUUUCCCGUGCCUGAAGCUCCUCCUCCGUCACAGCAGCCAUAGGACUUCCUUGGUGUGCCCGCCAUUUUGUAUUUCUGGAGUUACAGGAACCACUACAGAGAACUCCGUUGCCUCGCUUAUGUACGUUUUGCACCAAGACUGGAGCUGCUGAAGAUUUCCAGUUUUUGAAUUCAGAUCCCCCACCCACCCACCUCUGUAGCACAAAUCAGUUUUUCACAUAGCAACACAUAUUCACCUGUGGUUUCAUCAUACAUGUCCUUCUGGCUAAAUGGUAACUCAUCAUGACCAUUAAAAACAAACAAAACCCAACCAACAGUGAACUGCUCCGAUUCUGGAAAGAUUCGUUUCUCCCCCUCUGAGGUAAAUCUAUUACACCGAAAAUGUGACAGGCUCUUUAUUCCAAAAAGAGAAUCAUGGUGCUGAAAGACCUUACCUGCCAUCUCAUGUUCCCACCACAGCUUUGUUCGGUUUCACUCAGGGAUGCCUACCCAUUGUAAGAGCCAAAUGCAUGCAACUGUGGUGGGUUAAUGCACUCCUCAAUACCAGGUGCUAGUCAGAAAUGGGAGACGGCCGCUCUUCUGUAGGCAGGUAAGGCCAGUUUGGUGUAGUGGUUAAGUGCGUGGACACUAAUCUGGGAGAACCGGGUUUGAU